AUGUUCAAUCGGGAAGCACUCGUCAAUGAAGAGAAGCAAAUGUUUUACAUCGUCAUUCUAUGUGCCUUAUUAUUACUCGAACUUGCUUCAUUUGGAAUAUCAGUGUAUUUCGUCGGAGGAGUGCAGUAUAACCAAGUGUAUUUGGUGCACGGAUCAACACUUCUCCUAGGGAAUACAUUUUUAGUGCAAGGAAUUAUUAUGAAAACUUUUGAUCAGGUGCUUUUAUACCCGAUUAUAUAUUUCUAUACGCUGGCAAUAACAUUCCUGGGCAGUUCUCCUGCGGUAGGGUUAUAUUUCGCGUUUAAAAUGGUGCAUGUUGGCAUCCUAGUGCUGCGAGGGCUUAUUCUGUGCUACUUGAUCAACCGAUUGAGGCGAGAAUUUGCCUGGUAUUAUUUCAAGAAACUGGGCACAAGUGAACGAGUAAUUGGUAAGUCGAUUUUCUAAUUUUAGAAGCUAAUAGGGUAAGUGAUAACAUUAAUUUAGAUCAGACAACAAGCUAUUGUUGUAUUCAGGCUCUACAUAUUUUUUGCUAUUGUAGAUAUCUUUCUACCUCUCCUGGAUCUACCGUUUGGUAAGGUGCUAUUUGUCUUACAUAUAACUUGCGAAAUAUUGAUUUAUUUUAAUUUUGAAACUUUUAAACACGAAGAAAAUACCAUUGCACGCAGGGUACUGUAUAUUGUCAUUCUAAUUGAGUUGAUACUCACAAUAAUUGAUAGUAUCAUUAUUGGAAUUACUCAUGCCCCUCUUGAAACGUAAGUAUAUGUUCUAAUUUAUUGCAUGGUGUACGUAACGAAUGGUUUCAGAUUACUGAUCAUUCUAAUACUUUCGAUUAUACUCGUGAGAGAUGAGCGCAACUUUGGAAGCGGUCUCAAAGAUAUUUUGACUGGAAAAACUCAAUGCAUGAAGAUAGUGAAAAAUAAUAAGUAAAGGUGGUGAUGCUAGACAAAGA